AUGCUACCACCAUUACUUCUCGUCCUGUGUUUUCUAACCACAUCGUUAGCACAGGUUCUUAACUUAACUCCUGGAAGGAUAUUAGGAUUCGACUUCAAAACAAACGAUGGGAAUUACGCAGAAGUGUUCCUCGGCAUACCAUAUGCCAAAGCUCCUGUAGGAGAACUACGAUUUGAGAGGCCUAUACCGCCUGAGCCGUGGAAAGAUAUCCGAGAUUGUAGGAAAUUUGGUCCUAUUUGUCAUCCAAUAGUGCCAGAAGCAGUUGCAUCUGGAGAACAUGCAAGCGAAGAUUGUCUUAUGCUGAACAUCAUUCGGCCUAAGAAAGAGGCAAAAAAAACAUUUUUCUUCCUGAUUUUAGCUCAUUACUAC